CUGACAGCGUAGCCUGGGGGAAGCUUUUGGUUGGCACGCAGGGAUCUAUCUACCUAGCCACAUGCAAUAAUUUCCCCAUCCGGCCCGUCUGACGCCCCCGUCCUGCGGUGAUAUUGGCGUGAUGCUCCGCUGAUUAUUCAGGCAUAACCUCCCCCCUCUCUUUGUAUUACACAAGGGAUUGGCGGCCGCCUGGGCGGCUGUCGGGUUCGCGAUUUGGCCGCCAUCCGAGGAUGAUGCCCCGAAGAUGUUCGUAGGGGCUGGGGUUUGCUAUAUAAAUGAACACAUGGUAUCCUGACGAGUGUCUUGCAAUAGUUCCAGUCCUCAGCCAAGUGUGCCCUCUUGCAACAUACUCCUAGACCUCUCUCGGCACCAAGAGACAUGGCCCCUCAAGCAACCAUCAAGGCCCUCGUGGUCCUGGCCCUAGGCCUCCUCUCCCCCUUCGCCUCGGCCGCGCGCUCGUUCGAGAACAGCGGCACGCUUAGCGGCUGGCACGGCAAGGAGAUCGACUCGAAGACGCAGGGGAGCGUGCAGGAGGUGACCAACGUGGUGCUCAAGGGCCCGACGGCGCUCAAGUCGACGCAGACGUACCUCGGCAGCUCGUACUCGGGGCGGUACCACGCCGAGGUGUUCCGGCGCGACGGCUACGCGCCCGGCCAGACGCGCUACUACGGCUUCGCCUUCCGGCUGUCCGACAGCUGGGAGUUCACGGACCAGAACUACAACCUGGCGCAGUUCAUCGCCGACUUUAGCGACCUCGGCAAGCCCAGCUGCGACACGUGGAUGCCGUCCACCAUGGUCUGGGUCCGCGGCGACAAGCUGCGCACGCGCGCGCGCCGGGGGGACCUGUCGGGGUCCAAGUGCGACAAGAAGACCAUGUCGUGGGACGUGGCCACCAUCGAGCGCGGGAGGUGGUACCGCGUGGUGCUGGGGGUGUCGUGGCGCACCGACGGAAAGGGGUUCAUCAAGGUGUGGCUGGACGGGGAGCAGAGGCUCGACAAGCAGGAUAUCAGCACCACCGUCGUCGACCCGGGCAACAGGGCCUUCUCGUUCCGCGUCGGGCUGUACGCCAACGGCUGGCACGACGACGAAGGUGGCAUGAAGGGGUCGCAGGCGUUCCGGCAGGUGUGGUUCGACGAGAUUGCGAUCGGGACGAGCGAGGCCGAGGUGCAGCCUGGAUCUUGGUAGGCGGAUUGAUGCUGGUGGAGGGCUUGCUUAUUCCAUCUUCCCCAUGCUCUUAGUUCCUUUCCUAAAAAUAAUACGCCAAUGGCUUGAUUCUGUAAGGGGACAAAGGGGAAGUAUUCAGGGAGUUAGGGGAAGUGGGGUGGACUGACCUUUAUGAUGGCACCCUGACUCCGAAAUUCUCACCCAGGUCCAGUGGCCAAAUGGCAAGGCGCUUGACUACGAAUCAAGAGAUUGCAGGUUCGAUCCCUGCCUGGAUCG